GCCGCCGCGCGCGACGAAAACACACGCGUAUGUGCGUUCACGUGUGCGCGCCGAGUGUCACUCUCGGCCGCCGCGCUCAGCUGCGCGUCCCAGUUGCGGCCGGCGAUGAUUGACGGUGUUGCGGAAAGAGUUGCGAAGCGGCCGUUCGCGUUAGUUGCUCAAACAUAAGCGCGGUCGACGGUCGACGACAUGGAUCGCGUCGCGGCGGAGCCGACGUUAAUCGGCCGUACCUGCCUACUCCUCGUCGCCGUGACACUUUUCUGCGCGAAUGCCGGCCGCUGUUCGCGCGUGGACCGGGACGUGAGGACCGACGGUUCGCCGGUGCCGGUGGUGCUCUGGCACGGAAUGGGUGAUAGUUGCUGCUUCUCUUUCAGCCUCGGAAAGAUACAGCAGGUCCUUGAAGCCGAAAUCCCUGGAGUUCACGUCCAUUCCAUACGUAUCGGAAACAAUGAGAUAGAGGAUGUUGAGAACAGCUACUUUGGAAAUAUUAACGAGCAAAUCAAGCACGUGUGCGAGCAACUGUCUCACAACACAAAUCUCCAAAGUGGAUACAAUGCCAUUGGCUUCUCUCAGGGGGCUCAAUUUCUGAGAGCGGUAGCUCAAAGAUGCCCCAAUCCACCAAUGCUGAAUUUGAUAUCCUUAGGCGGUCAGCAUCAAGGUGUUUUCGGCAUACCAAAGUGCUCGGACUCGUCCCGAUUGUGCAAUUAUAUGCGUCGCAUGCUUCAUCACGGCGCAUACUUGUGGUACGUUCAAAACUCCUUGAUACAAGCUUCUUAUUGGCACGAUCCCUUGCAGGAGGAUGAAUAUCACAGGAAAAAUCUUUUCCUCACCGAGAUAAAUAAUGAAAAUAUUAACAACACUGAGUACAAGAACAAUCUUCAAAAGCUUCGGGCUUUAGUUCUCGUUAAAUUCGAGAACGAUACAAUGGUCGAACCGGUGGAGACAGAGUGGUUUGGAUUCUACAAGCCUGGCCAAGCGGAAGAGGUGCAGAAGCUACAGCAAAGCGAACUGUACCAACAGGAUUGGCUCGGAUUGCGCGCGAUGGAAAGCGCCGGCAAGAUCUACUAUCUUUCGCUGCCUGGCGAUCAUUUGCAAUUUACGGCCGACUGGUUCAUUGAGAAUAUAAUUAAAAAGUAUUUGAUAUAAGUGAAAAAAUAUCGAUGUAUGAAAAUUUAAGAAUUUAGUUAUGUAGGCGUGUAUACGUACAUAGUAUAAAAAGGGCAAUAUCAAUAAAACAAAUUAACUUUUACACUUCAA